GGCCCGCCCCGCCCUGGCCGGGUGAUUGAUCACGGAAGAUCCCCGUGGCUUUAAUGGUCUGCUUGGAUGGGAAUUAAUUCUGGGAUGGAUAAAUAAUGCAUUGAGGUUUACGUAGUCCAAGGCGAGCCGUCUGUCCGGAGCCAGGAGAGGGAGCCAAGGGGCCGCGAGGGCGACGCCAGCUGCCGGCCUGGGGGACAAGCGGGGCGUGAAGGGCGACCUGGCGAGAGCGCGAGAAGAGGGCCGUGGAUGACUGGCUCGGGCCCUCGCGCCCGGCCCCGCGGCUGCAGAACCAUGCUAAGCCCGAAGAUCAGGCAGGCCCGCAGGGCCCGCUCCAAGAGCCUGGUGAUGGCAGAGCAGAGCCGGGGCUCCGGGCAGCUGCUGGGCCCCCGCAAGCCAGGCCCUGUGCUGAAGGCCGGCUGGCUGCGGAAGCAGAGGGGCAUCAUGAAGAACUGGCAGCAGCGCUGGUUCGUGCUGCGUGGAGAUCAGCUGUUCUAUUACAAGGACAAAGAUGAGACCAAGCCCCAGGGACUUAUUUCUCUACAAGGGACCCAGGUGACUGAACUUCCUCCCGGCCCCGAGGAUCCAGGGAAGCACCUCUUUGAGAUCAUCCCAGGUGGUGCCGGGGAUCGGGAGAAGGCGCCUGCUGGCCCCGAGGCGCUCCUGCUCAUGGCCAGCUCCCGGAGGGACAUGGAGGACUGGGUACAGAGCAUCCGCCGGGUCAUCUGGGCCCCACGGGGCGGAGGGAUCUUUGGGCAGCGGCUGGAGGACACAGUCUACCAUGAGCGAAAGUAUGGCCCCCGGCUGGCCCCGAUGCUGGUGGAGCAAUGUGUGGACUUCAUCCGGGAGCGAGGGCUCACCGAGGAGGGGCUUUUCCGCCUGCCUGGCCAGGCCGACCUGGUGCGGGGACUGCAGGACUCCUUUGACUGUGGUGAGAAGCCACUGUUCGACAGCACAACAGAUGUGCACACUGUGGCUUCCCUGCUGAAGCUGUACUUGCGGGAGCUGCCUGAGCCUGUGAUCCCCUUCGCUAGGUACGAGGACUUCCUCAGCUGCGCCCAGCUGCUCACCAAGGAUGAAGGGGAGGGGACCCUGGAGCUGGCCAAGCACGUGCGCAACCUUCCUCAGGCCAAUUACAACCUGCUCAAAUAUAUAUGCAAGUUUCUGGAUGAAGUGCAGUCUCACUCAGAUGUCAACAAGAUGAGUGUGCAGAACCUGGCGACUGUGUUUGGCCCUAACAUCCUGCGGCCACAGAUGGAGGACCCAGUGACCAUCAUGGAAGGCACCUCCCUGGUCCAGCACCUGAUGACCGUCCUCAUCCACAAACAUAGCGAGCUCUUCACGAUGACCACCCUGGAAGGGCCCCCCAGGUCACCGCAUGGAGGGCCAUCAUGCACUGUGGGCUGGGGCUCUGAGGAGGUCAACAAGGACAGCCAGGGGGACCCUGGUGACCCCACCCUGCCCACGCACAGGGCCUCGUCCCUGGAUGGGCCAGCUGCCGCUGUGCUCUCUAGGACCUCUCCCCCAGCUCAGGGCAGCCCCAGAAAGAGGCUGCAGACUCUGCCAGGCUGGAAAUCAUCCUUCCACCAGCGGGGACCUGUGUCUGCGAGCCCACAGGGGGGCAGUGUGUCCCUGGAGGUGCCUGUGGCCUCCAGAAGCAGCAGCCGAGGGAACUGGCUCAUGAAUGGGCUGUCAUCUCUGCGCAGCCACCAUCGAGCCUCAUCAGAGGACUGGCUCAAGGACGCUGGCUCCACACAAAGACUGUCCACCUAUGACAACGUGCCCCCACCCAGCCUCUUCCCCAGCACGGCCAGUGUGGCUAGCACAGCAUGGUCCCCAGCCUCGUCACCCCGUGAUGCCUCUGUCAGCAGCUGCACAGCCUGCAGGGCCAGCGGCUCAUCAGCUGGCAGCUCCUUGCACACUGAGUGGGCCCUUGAACCAUCCCUGCUCCGUAGCGGCAGUGGCGAGGACCACAGGUCCCCCGACCUGGCCUGUGGCUUAGAGGAAGCAGGAGUUGUUGACAGCAGCAGCCAGGAACCCAGCAACCCCAGCAGCCCUGGCCAGGACCCUGUGCAACGCUGCCGGUUGCUCCAGGGCCUGGUGACGGAGCUUAGGGCGGAACUGUGCUGCCAGCGGACCAAAUAUGAAGCAAGCCUGAGAAGCAUUGAAGAGAGCAGUGCAGAGCUGCGGGGACAGCUUUCUCAGCUGGAGGAGGAGCUGGACCAGGAGCGGAAGAAGCACUCCAUGCUGGAGAUUAAGCUGCGGAACUCGGAGCGUGCGCGGGAGGAUGCAGAACGCCGGAACCAGCUGCUGCAGAAAGAAAUGGAGGAGUUCUUUUCUACACUGGGGAGCCUGACUGUUGGGGCCCAAGGCACCAGAGUCCCAAAAUGAAAGGACCAGAAGAGUGCACUCCUCAGGCCAAGCCAGAAGCCUUGCACUGGCCCACGGAGGGACAGGUGCUGAACACAGAUCCUGCUACCCAUGGGACUGCAGGCCCCCCACGCCCAGGGAGGAUCUGCUGCUGUUCUCUCCAACUGCACAGAGCCAGAUGGGCACCAGAGGGGAUGGUGACUUGAGUGGCUUUUAGCCUGUCACCCGGGAAGAGUCCCAGGACUGCCUGCCCCACGGGGCCCAGAGCUGUGAGCUGCCAGGAGC